UCACAGAACACCGUCCUGCCUUGCCAAGACCAGUACUUUGUAGGAGGCCAGAGCUAUAAUUGCCCGUAUUCUGCUACAACGUCAGAAUCUAGUGUUGACGUUUCCACGGAGACUUGGGUCUCUUUCUGGGCUGCUGGUCUCCUGGACAACAGAGAGCCCCAACAAGCACUACAGGCACAGGAAUCAUCCAGUGACUCGAAUUUCCCUGUUCCUAAUUCAUGUUCAUGGGAAGAGGCUCAGCUUUCCUCUCAGCUCUACAGAAACAAGCAGCUCCAAGAUACUCUGGUGCAGAAAGAAGAAGAACUUGCUAGGUUACAUGAAGAGAAUAAUCAUCUCAGACAAUACCUGAAUUCUGCUUUAGUUAAAUGUCUUGAGGAAAAGGCCAAGAAAUUGCUGUCAUCAGAAGAGUUCUCCAGAGCACGUGGAAACUUCAGAAAGGGGAAGAGGAAACCCAGGGAGCAAAGAUAUUUUCCUCCUGAGAUUCCCCAUCAUAAAAAUGCCAAGAGAAACCUCUCUAGUGAAUUUGCUAAUUGUGAAGAACAGCCGGGGCCCCCUGUGGAUCCCUGGGUUCUUCAAACUCUGGGGUUAAAAGAUCUCAACACCAUUGAUGACACCUCAUCAGCUAACUACAGUGCCCUCUCGUCCCAUCCAGCACGGACCACCAGUGUGUUCCCCCAGUUUCUGGAUGAUGCGGUUGGUUAUCACAAUGCCCCCGGGCAAGAUCUGCCCAUUGACUGUGGAGGUGACAGAACGGCCCCUUCACACAGCACUUCCAGCCAUAGGGAAGAGUUUCAUUUCCCUUCUCAGCUUUCCAGUACCCCAGGAGGGCUGCAGACUCCUCCUUACUAUGCUUCUGAUGUGUCGCCCAAUAAGACGGAGGUGGCCUUUUCCACAUCCCUGAGCCCUCACUGUAAUGUGAAAACUCACUCCUUCCACCAGGGACAAGCCUUUGUUCGUCGAGAUGAAGAGGGAGGCUGGAAGUUUACCUGGGUCCCUAAGCAGUCUUAAUGACCCCUCUUCUAUCACAAAGGACUGCCAUGAACUCUGUUUACAAAGACCUCUCUUGCACUUGAACCCAACUCUGUGGAAAAUGCAAGCUCUUGCCCAGACUGUCUCCUGCCACUUGAAAUGUCACUCUCAAUUACCCACUUCCAUCUGCAGGGAAUGGCUUCCAAGAAUCCAUA